UAUUUCUCUUCUCUCUGCCCCUUUUAAAUCCUCUCCCUCCCUCUCUCUCUCUCAUUCUACACAGCAGCAGCAGGAGAAGGAAAUGGGAAAUCUCGCUCUUCUUCUCCUUCUCGUUCUCAUCUCUCCUUUCUCGUCUUCCGCAUCGUCUCUCUCCGACGACAUCCUCCUCCCUCUGAACGCCAAUUUCCCGUCCGUACAGGCAGAGAAGCUGAUCCGGGAGCUCAAUCUAGUCCCCAGGGACGCCCGCCCCGCCGCAGCCGGCGGUCCGAGUGCACCCGACUCCGCUGACGGGCCGCGGAUCGUCGAGAAACGGUUCAGGUUUCCUGAUCUAGCUGCCUCAUCCGGCAUCUCCGUUGAUGACCUGGGCCAUCAUGCCGGAUACUAUCGCCUCCCGCAUUCUUAUGAUGCUAGGAUGUUCUACUUUUUCUUCGAAUCGAGGAGCAGCAAGAAUGAUCCUGUCGUUAUUUGGCUGACAGGAGGGCCAGGAUGUAGCAGUGAAUUGGCAGUUUUCUACGAAAAUGGACCUUUCACUAUAGCGAACAACAUGUCUCUCUUGUGGAAUGACUACGGAUGGGAUAAGGCAUCAAACCUUCUGUACGUCGACCAGCCCACCGGAACUGGUUUUAGUUAUAGUUCUGAUAAACGUGACUUCCGUCACAAUGAAAAGGGUGUUAGCGAUGAUCUAUAUGACUUCUUGCAGGCAUUUUUCACUGAGCAUCCGCAGUUUGCAAAGAAUGACUUCUACAUAACUGGGGAAUCAUAUGCUGGACACUACAUUCCUGCUUUUGCUAGCCGGGUUCACCAAGGAAACAAAGCUAAAGAGGGUAUUCAUAUAAAUUUGAAGGGCUUUGCCAUUGGUAAUGGACUUACAGAUCCUGCAAUCCAGUACAGAGCAUACACAGAUUAUGCAUUGGAGAUGGGAAUAAUUAAAGAAUCUGACUACAAAAGAAUUAACAAGAUUUAUCCCGCAUGCGAACUGGCAAUAAAGCUUUGUGGCACCACUGGUACAGCAGCUUGCAUGGCUUCAUAUUAUGUUUGCAGCACAAUAUUCAAUUCAAUCAUUUCAAUUGCUGGGAAAGUAAAUUACUAUGACAUCAGAAAGGAGUGUGAGGGGAGCCUCUGCUAUGAUUUUUCAAACAUGGAGAAAUUCUUGAAUCAGAAGACAGUUAGAGAUUCACUUGCAGUUGGGGACAUAGAAUUCGUCUCCUGUAGCCCUACUGUGUACCAGGCUAUGCUUACAGACUGGAUGAGGAAUUUGGAAGUGGGUAUCCCUGCACUUAUUGAGGACGGCAUCAAGCUACUUAUAUAUGCUGGGGAAUAUGAUCUCAUUUGCAACUGGCUCGGGAACUCAAGGUGGGUUCAUUCCAUGGAAUGGUCUGGUAAGCAAGCAUUCGGAGCAUCGCCACUUGUACCCUUUGUGGUUGAUGGUGCAGAAACCGGACAGUUGAAAGCUCAUGGGCCUGUUAGCUUCCUGAAGGUCCACAAUGCGGGCCACAUGGUUCCAAUGGAUCAGCCCAAGGCUGCAUUAGAGAUGUUGAAGAGGUGGACUCAAGGGAAGCUUUCUGAAGCUUCUCCACAAUCAAUCGACAUGGUUGCUGACAUCUGAAAGCCAUGUUAGGCAGAUUUCUUCAUAUGAUUUCAUGAGAUGAAUAUAUAGAAGUGCGGACAUUACUGUUGUCAAUACCCAUUGAUGCAUGUAAAUAUUUUCACUUGGAUCUUUUAAAUUUCUGUAAAAGGUUUGAUCUGCCUAUUUGAUACAUGUGAAGAUAGACUUGUGGUA